AUGACGGAAGAGCUUAAGGUCGCGCCAGUCCUGUCGACUCCAGACACGCGAAUUCUGGAGGAAGCCGAACCAACGGCAGUCAGCGAACCUAUCGGCCAGAAUCUAUCGGACGAGGAAUUCCGCAUCACAUAUGACAUUGAGCGGACGAUUAAGGAGAUCAAAGAAGGGAAAUGGCAGCGGAUAGCCCUUCAGUUCCCAGAUGAUAUGCUACCUGAUGCACCGCGGGUUUUCCAGCUCUUAAGCCGCGGCCUUAGCUCUCGGGACAAUGGUAGUCAGAAAGAAAGACACACCACCACCAAUGUUCAGGAAGGAGACGGCAAAGAUGUGGAAGACGUCGCCAAUUCUAUAGACCAGGAGUUGAAUCUGAAUAAAGAGACGCAAGGUUGUACACCUAAGCUAUAUAUACUGGCGGACACUUCAUAUGGAACCUGCUGCGUGGACGAAGUUGCGGCAGAGCACGUCGAGGCGGAUGUUGUGGUGCAUUAUGGGAGAUCCUGUCUAUCACCCACUGCAAGGCUACCCGUGAUAUAUAUAUUUACCUGUAGGCCGCUUAACCACGAUGCGGUAAUCCAGGCCUUUGAGGAAUCAUACCCAGACCAUGGAGAGAAAGUCGUGAUUGCUGCGGAUGUCACAUAUGCCGCCCAUGUUGACGAGAUAGCAACAAUGCUCACAAUGAAAAAAGGGUAUACCAAUAUCUUUGCGACCCAAGUGGUGCACAACCCUUCCUCUCCAAUUCCUAACCGGACGAUUCCGCCAUCAGUCGAGGCUGGUGAAGAAUCGUUGAACGACUGGCAACUGUUCCACAUCUCCGAUCCGCCAACAUCGCUGCUUCUGACUUUAUCUUCCCGUGUUGCUGCAAUCCGGAUAUAUCCAACUGGCUCUGAGGCUGGUAGUAAGCCUGGCUCUGGAAGCAAAGCUUUACUCGCAUCUACGGCAAUUUCUCUUCGUCGUCGAUAUGCCAUCCUAACAUCCCUCAACACUGCGCCGAUAUUCGGCAUUCUUGUGAAUACCCUCAGCGUGAAGAACUACCUCCACAUUGUGCAGCAUGUUCAGAGACUCAUUGCAGCAGCGGGGAAAAAGAGCUACCUGUUUGUUGUCGGAAAGCUAAAUGUAGCAAAAGUAGCCAAUUUCAGUGAGAUAGAAGGAUGGGUUAUCAUUGGAUGCUGGGAAAGCUCGCUUGUCGACAGUAGAGAGUUCUGGAGGCCAGUAAUCACACCAUACGAGCUGGAACUCGCAUUACAGAGUGAUGACGAGCGCAUAUGGACUGGCGCGUGGAGCAGCGAUUACCAGUCGCUUCUCAAGCCAGAGCGGAAUGCUGCAUCAAAACAGAAAACAGGUGACCCUAUCUCAUCUCCGGAGAAGGCUGAAACUGAGGCUGAAACAGCUGCAGUCGGUAACGAAGGAGAAAACGAGGACGAAGCUUUUUCUGAGCCAGAGUCAGCUCCCCCUGAAUUUGAUCUCCGAACGGGCCGAUAUGUUUCGACGUCGAAUACCCGACCCAUGCAGGCGUAUUCAAGCACUUCACCUUCGGCUGCCUUAUCCAGCACCACUCAAGACCAUCAAUCCGCGCCUGGUGGUGGCUCAAAAUCGCUGGCAAAACGGUUCAAGUCAGAUGUUGCCACAAUCGGGGGGGUUGUCUCUCCCGGUGCCGAGUUUCUCAAAUCCAAUAGGUCAUGGAGAGGGCUGGGUAGUGAUUUCGUCGUUGAAUAUGAAGAUGACAACGGCCAGGACGGUGGCCUCAGGGGCAGUGCUGUUGUUGAAGGUCUUUCGGGAAUUGCUCGUGGGUAUAGAAUUGGUGAGAACCAAGAACGGCGGUAG